AUGAAGAAAUUAUUCUCUUGGAAAUCUUCUUUUCGAAAGAAGAAACAGGAUAGCGAUCGUACUCCUCAAGAUUCUUCGUCUGUUGCAAGUCAGAGUCGUCCAGGUAGCAGCUGGGAUACAGAUGCAUCCUCAGCUGCCACUACCAAACCAGCAACGGCUGCGGGAGCGGUAGCGACCCGAACCUUUAGCAACGGCACUUCUGGGAAGCAUGAAACGGACAGCUAUACUACCUCUACUGUCUCAUCUUCGACAUCUGGGAGUGAGGAUGAAGAGGGGGACUUUGAAGUGGACCAGAGGAAUCCUACACCCCUUCCAACCCAAUUCAUGGAGGAGUUCAGAGCCAGGGCGAGGGUCAACACCCCACAAAGUCCUGAAUCCCAACCCAACAAUGAUGUUGUCACGUACGACUUAACGGAUGCCAGCGAUGAUGUCUCCAUAGAAAUCAAAAGCGUCGAAGAAGUCAGUGAAGUGAGCACUCUGAGCAUCCGCAGCGCUGCGAGCCUGGAGGAUGUAUCCGACAUUGUUGAGUCCGACCUUGAAUCGCGUUCGCAAUCAGCUUCUUUUCUCUCGCCGAUGCGAAUUUUGGCUCUCAAACAGCAGGCAGACUCUCUCUAUGAUAACGCAUGCGACCUUCAUAGACAAGGAAAACUGAACGAGGCCCUGAAACUGCUUAAGAUGUCUUCUGACCAUGCGAAAGACGCGAGCGAAAAAACUUUGGAGGCGAGAUCUCUUGCACGAAUGGGUCUGAUAUAUAAUCGUGCAAACCGACAGCAAAAGGCAAUCAUGUGCUUCCGCUAUGCCGUUAAGCUGAUUGGGGACCGAACCGACAACACUAAGAUCACAGCACUGCAAGGUCUAGCGAGAGCGCACCGUAUUCUUGGACAAGUCGACAUCGCCUCGGCAUUUGAGUAUCAAGCUAUGGAAGUGCUGGGCGCCUGCUGGCAAGCAAUCCGGGAGAGGCAUGAAUCGUUCUCGCUGUCCAUCUUGAUAGACGCUGAAGACUCAAAGUCACCGCCAAAAACAUUCGGAGAGAAUCAAGAAAGGAUCGAGAAGUACAUUCGGAGGGAAUUGGAUGACGCAGAAUCUCUCAUUUCUUCUGGAGGGGGUGAAGAGACAAUUCCUAUCCUCAAGGCAGCUCUAGAUUACGCGAUGCUACUUGGGAAUCUCGAGCUUGAAGGGAAGGUAUGCAGUCUCCUUGGGGCAGCCUACGGAAACUUUUCGGCAGACAGUGCAAGAGCACUUGACUUUUUGAAGGUUUCAGUUCAAAUUCUGGGCAGCUGUAAUCAGCUCUCAGCAGAAGCUCUGGCAUACGUCCGCAUGGGAAAUUUGUUUCGGAAACAAGGGUAUCUGAAGCCAUCGAUUUCUUCAUACGGCAGAUCAUUGCAGAUUCAACGCACCUUGUUACAGACGAGCUCUGGCAAGAGAAUGACUGAAGCGCUACAAAUCAAAAUCAAGCUAUAUGGGAAAGUUCAUACGGAAGUAGCUGCGACUCAGGAAAACAUCGGCUUGAUCUUGAGAGAUAUGCAAUCUUACAAGGAUGCUUUGAAGUAUGUCAAGAACUCACUCGAGAUGAGAGAGAAACUUCUGGGAAAGAAUCACCGAGACGUGGCACGAUCUCACGUCAACCUUGGAGCAAUUCUGUUGCAGCUCAAAGACAGGAACGGCGCCAUGGCACAUUGGACGGAGGCUGUCAAGGUAUUUGGGAGCAUUGGGGAUGCAAAUCUAGAAGUUGCACGGGCUUUGAACAACAUGGCGACUAUCAAGGAAAGCCUUGGAGAUUGCAACGGAGCUCUGACCCUCUAUCGCAAGGCCCUGGACAUCAAGCUGAGAACAGCUCCUCACUCGCAGUCCACUGCGGAUUCCUUGUACAACAUGGCGAUUCUUUACGAGAAGACGGGGCAGCUGGACGAGGCGAGGAGAGUGUGCGAGCGCUCCCUCGAGAUCAGCACGGAGUGUCUUGGGCGGGAUCAUCCAAACACGCGUGACGCGCGUGAACUGCUUAAGGACCUGAUGGAGCAGCGAGCCAUGGCAGGGAAGACAAGCAAAAGAUAG